GCCAUUCAACACACACACACAUAUGACUCCUAAACCCACCACUGAGCACAGGCUCAUUGGUGUAACUGACUGUUGAGCGAAUACAGUUGACGUGAAAUGACGGCUCAGUGUUCUAUGGUGUUUAAGAGUUUUCCGGCGACUUUGCUGCCAGUUUUGCUUUCAUUUCUUACGUGACUGUACGAGUCCAACCUGUUGACCAAACCCCAGGGCAUUAUGACCCGGUGGAUGGUGAAGUCUGGGACCACAGCGCCCCCAGCGCGCGUCUCCCCGAGCGCGCGGUGCGCAUAAAACCGAGCGCGAGGCUCCGGCAGCGUCACAUGAAGUUCAGAAGCGGGCUGGGAAGCUGCGGGAGCGGCGGUGACGGCGCUCGUCCUCCUUUAGCAGACCUGAUGGGAUUAAAGACGGACGGGGUGAGAAGAGCGCGCGCUGCUCCUCAGGUCCCCCCCCACGCCUGCCCGCUUCAAGGCGCCCCGAUGGCUCUUUUACGCACGGCGGAGCGACAAAGAGGCGACGAUGACGGGAUAUAAAGGCGCGCCGGUCCGCGUCUCCACUCGUUGCGCGAACUCCUCGGAGUGCCCUCCAUGACAUGCGGGGCGAGCGUUGAGGCGCGCGGCUCGGAACCUCGCUGACUCUCCGUCUUCUGCUGGCUUUUCGUUGAUGCUCCUGCGUUGCGCCGAGGGCGCGGGCCACGUUUCGUUGCCCGCGGGGACAAGAUGACACGAAAGAGGCGCCGUGGGCAGAGCGCGCGCUCUUAAGACAGAAAAAAAGCAAAAAAACAAAGUCCGCGCGCGAGUCGCGUAGAGGCGUUCAGAGCCGCGCGCCAUGGAGCUCAAACCCACCGCCGCGGUGUACGGAGAGCCCCUGAACAUCUCGUCCAACCACACCGUCUCCAACCACACGCGCGCGCCCGGAGACGCGAGCGGCGCCGCGCCGGCGCUCGUGCAGGCGCUCGUGGCCACGCUGCUCUCGCUGCUCACGUGCGCCACGGCGCUCUCCAACGCCUUCGUGGUAGCGACGAUUGCGCGCUCGCGCAAGUUGCACACGCCGGCCAACGUGCUGAUCGGCUCGCUGGCCUUCACCGACCUGCUGGUGUCCGUGCUCGUCAUGCCCGUGAGCAUCGUGUACACGGUGCGGCGCGUGUGGACGCUGGGCCGCGUGCUUUGCGACCUGUGGCUCUCCUCGGAUGUCACGUGCUGCACGGCGUCCAUCCUGCACCUGUGCGUGAUCGCGCUGGACCGCUACUGGGCCAUCACGGACGCCGUGGGUUACUCCAAGCGGCGCACCAUUUCACGUGCUGCCACCAUGAUCGCUGCCGCAUGGGUCAUCGCUGUGUCCAUCUCGCUGCCGCCCUUCUUCUGGCAGCAGGUGCGCGCUGAGGACGAGGUGACCACCUGCACCGUCAACACGGACCACGUGUUCUACACCAUCUACUCCACGUUUGGAGCCUUCUACAUCCCCACGCUGCUGCUCAUCGCGCUCUACGGGCGCAUCUAUGCCGAGGCGCGCAAAAGGAUCCUCAAGCAAUCACCCAAGCGGGUGGGCAAGAGGCUCACGUCGGCCCGCCUCAUCAGUGGCUCUCCAGGAUCGGUGGCCUCCACCACCUCGCUCAACUAUGGCACACAUGAGGCAUCCUCAUCCGACGCCAUGCCCGUGGCCAACAACCAGGUGAAGGUGACCGUGUCUGACGCGCUCCUGGAGAAGAAGAGGAUCUCCGCCGCCCGCGAGAGGAAGGCCACCAAGACGCUGGGCGUGAUCCUGGGUGCCUACAUCAUGUGCUGGCUGCCCUUCUUCAUCUACACACUGCUGGUGCCCAUCUGCACCACCUGCACUUUCUACCCGGAGCUCUUCGACGUCUUCACCUGGCUGGGCUACCUGAACUCGCUCAUAAACCCCAUCAUCUACACCAUGUCCAACGAAGACUUCAAGCAGGCCUUCCACAAGCUCAUCCGUUUCAACUGCUUCAGGUCUUGAGCUGACGGGCCUUGUCCACCAGGAUCGAUGUAGGAAGGGUCAGCGGGACUCCAUCACGAGAAGAUGGAUUUGAUUAGCCUGUGUGAAACCGUUUUUGAGAAAUGGUCACACCGAGGACAAAAGUGGCGUAGGCCGAGUCUUUUCAUUAAAGCAUCCAUCUGUUGAGGGUAAAAACAUGCAACGUGCUGCUCCAUCAUGAGAGGAUGGAUACGGCUGGCCUGCGUGAAUGUUUUGAAACUUUGUUUGAGACAGGAACUUCAUGAGAAAUGGUCGCACCGAGGACAAAACUGGCACACCCCGAGUUUUUUCAUUAAAAUGACGUUCAUCUGUGGAGGGAAACACAUGCAACAUCGUGCACCAUCACGAGAAGAUGGAUACAUCUGGCCUGCCUGAAGGUUUUGAAACCAUGUUUGACACAGGAACCUCAUGAGAAAUGGUCACACUGAGGACAAAACUGGCACACUCCAAGUCUUUUCAUUAAAAAACGGCGUCCAUCUGUGGAGGGAAACACAUGCAACUUUGUGCUCCAUCAUGAGGGGAUGGAUAUGGCUGGCCUGCAUUAAGGUUUUGAAACCUUUAUUGAGAGAGGAACCUCAUGAGAAAUGGUCGCACCGAGGACAAAAACAGCACUGCAAGUCAUUGUGAGGCUUUUUGAUGUGCCAUCCAUCCGUGGGAGGAAAAGAUAUGUAAUUUGCUUAAAGCACAUCAUGAAAAGAUGGAUAGUCUAAGCCUGGUUGGAACCGUUUUUGAAAUGAUGAAUGGUCACAGCGGGGACAAAAAUAGUCGCACUGAAGACAUCAUUAGACUAUGGAGACCCAUCGCGAAUCCAAAUGUCUUUUCCAAGCCGGACAAAUCAAUAACCAAUAAGCGAAAACUUGCCUAUAUAGGAGGUUAGACUUACCAGCCAUGCAGUUUAAAGAACGUAUCCAUUUGAAACCCUUCAUAUCCCAGCGUUCGUGGACUGGGCUAUAUGAACCAUGGAGCCUAAUUCUGAGCACAACGUCUCAAGAGUGGCCUAUAAAGUCUCAUCAAAGAGGCACAAAGUCUCAGAUGAGGUUUGAUGCUCUUUUUUCCUGCAUAUCCGAGAAGGAAGAACAUUGGUCUGGGUGGGAAACCACAUUAAAGGAAACUAAAUUAGCCUACCAUUGUAAUGUGCAGGGGUAAAUCUGUCCCACUCCAGACGGCCCCGGGUGGUGAGGCAAUUCUACUAGUUCUACUAGUUCAUUCUAAUGAUUGUAACGAAAAAGCCAUUAGGCCUGCUGUAUCUGUGUGUGUGAGAGACGUGUAGACUGCAGGGUGGUGAGUGUGUGUGUGUGUGUGUGUGUGUGUGUGUGAACAUGCUUGUGUACAUUAUGAGCUUUUGAGUUUUUACUAUAUUUACAAAAGCCAAUGCCAUACCUUUGCAUAGUAAUGUCUAUUAACAAAGCCAUGGUGUUUACUUUUGUAAAUAUUUAGUCAAGUGAGAAAGUCAGAGACCACUCUUUCGAUCACUGUCCAGAAACACAGUAUCUCCAAAAUGGCAACUUUACAGGAAGCAAAAACAUCUGUUACUUUGAAUGUAAGUUCAUGUAAAGAGAUUUAAUUCCAGUUAAUUCCAAUUGCAAUUUUGGAGCUUUUCUGUUGCUCUAUUCAUCAUGAAAAUGUUCAGAAAGUGUGAAGGUACAGCUGCUGGACUCAAAUGUUGGGUGAUAUAUUUAACAGUAAAUUGCACAUAAACCUCCAGUAUAUAUCAAAUUGUUCAGUAUUUACUAUAUUGUCCACUCCUUGCCUUUCCAUUCUUUUCAGGAGACAUGAUUCCAGUUUUCCAAAAAAUAUUUCAUCCAUACCUCCAAAGCUCAGUCUUAGAAGUUGGCUGCGUUUUCUGCUUCUGAUGAUCCUAAUUAGAUAUUUCAUUAGUCCAUAAACGGCUGACGGCUUCUUGACAGCUGCACAUCCUUUCAGACCCAUAGUGCAGAGUUGCCUACUCACAGUGCAAGGAUGGACAGAAACACCUGUAGAUUUUUUCAGAUCUGAAGCGAGAGCUGUUUAUCUGAUGGGGAGAGUGUUGGUGGUCUACCAGGUCUUGCAGGUGGUUGUUAGGAAUUUCAUUUUUUCAUUCACUUGUAGAACCCCAGAUUGGGAAACUUCAUGCAAGUGUAUUAGGUGACAUUUUAUUUGAAUGGGCCUCUACAGAUGGUCUACAGAUACUUAAAUCAUUAACAAACUUACUGGUGGUCCUCAGUUGACUUUCAGCAGCAUUAAGUUUAGGGUUAGGUUUAGGAGUAGGUGUAGGUUUAGGCUUAGGGAAAGAUUUAAUAGAAUCCUCCACACUCAACUUCAAGUUCGCUUGCAUUUAAUAGAUAUGUGGUUGAAAGUUGGUUAAAGAUAUACUGAGCAUGUAAAACGCAGCCACAGUGGAGCCUCCAAAUAAAGUGUUACCAUGGAUUAUUUUAUUCCUAACCUCAGAAAUAUCGCAUUUAGCCAUUUAGAUGCACAUUGCAAGGCAGCUGAGGUGUGUUUGGGUAGUCGCUUGUGUGAAUGAAGGCAACAUAAUGUCAGUGAGAGCAUUGAGAGCUUUUUAGAUUGGAAAGAUGGAAGAGUUAAAGUGCGCAAAAGUAAAUAGUGGACAAAUGUUAUACUGAUAUAUUCCAUGUUUUCUGACACUGAAAGAUGAAUAACUUGGACUUAACGGCUUGGAAACGAAAACGAAAGGGUGCUCUCUGACUUUCGCCCAGUACUGUACAUGCCAGUGUGUGUUGUUUUUCUUUUAAUGUCUGUCUUUAUGGGUUUUGGAGUCUAUUUAUUUAUUUAUUUGUUUGUUUUAUUUAGCUUUUGUUGCAUUGUGGGUAGCUUUUCUGGACAGAGCAGGUCUAAAACACAACCAGGCCUGCUGCUGAAAAUGGAAAGAUGAGGCUGCAGACGGCAGUCUUUGUCAUUAUGUAACAAACUCUUCAAAACACGCCUGCGAUUGUGAAAUAUGGGACCGCCGACAAGUCCAACUGGACACAAACGUGACGAGAAUGCAAAUGGACUGUGGUCACGUUGGUAUAGAGCACAAUUCGAUUUGUCUGAUAAAAUGCAGAUCAAGCCAAUUAACAAUGCAACAACAUUUCCGGUGACAGUGUGGGUUUACCGGCAUUUCAUGAAAGCUACUGCUGUACUAUAAGCUUCUGUGCAUUUAAGCAAUGUCCUGUAACUACCUUUGGCAAUGUGGGCUAAAUUCCAAUCCAAACGGAAGUCUAAAGAACUGCUGCUAUUACAAAACGUGAAAAAAAAAAUAAUGAUAAUAAAAAAAAAGUCACUGA